AUGGAGAACGACCAGGGAAUCCUCGUUGACCUUUACGUCCCCCGCAAGUGCGCGGCGACCAACCGCCUCAUCACCUCCAAGGACCACGCCUCGGUUCAGAUCAGCGUUGCCGACGUCGAUGCCGAUGGCCGUGCGCUCUCCACCUCCACUAGCUUCGCGCUGUGCGGUCAGGUUCGCGCCAUGGGCGAGAGCGACGACUCCAUGAACCGCUUGGCGACUAAGGCGGGCCUCCUCCGGAAUGUGUGGUCGUACCAAAAGUAG